CACAGAGACCGUGGCAGACCCCGCACCCACUUUACAAGGGGACAACCAGGACAUGCUGUCCGGAGAGGGGGCAUAUGACGUCACCACCAAAGACCCCUUCCAGGAUAUGACGGAGAGAGUGUUCACCUUAGAGUACGAGGACACCACCCACUCACAGGCCAUGGACGAGGAGGAAAGUGAGACGGGCACUUCAUGUUUUUCUGAACAUUUCCCAUAACCAGUUAAAUUAAUAUAGAAAUGUUAUUAAUAUCAAGAAUUUGGGUUAUACCCAGAGGAUUUAGAAAAUAAUAUAUUCUGCAAAUAUUUGCAUGGUAAGAGCCAUUGGACAAAGCACACUGGUGGGGUUAUUUGUGUCUAUCAGUUCAUCCACACCACAACCCCUUUACAUGUAAUGAAUUGGUAAUAAACCUUACAAUUGUAAAGUGUAUUGAGACUGUGAUGAUGCACUUUAAAUCAAAUGUAACUUUGAUUUGACAAUCCUACUUUGUACACUAGUGUCAGGUUGGUGGCCUAACCUCUGACCUGUGCUCGUUGUGUGUACUCUGUGUGCCCCUGUAUCCAGAUGUCCUGGGCCCUGGCGCCAUCACAGCCAUUGUCAUCGCAGUCGUCCUGGGGACUUCAGUCCUCCUCGCCCUCAUCAUCAUCACACUCAGGAAGUUUACUGCUUCCUAGAGCCACUUCCUCUUCCUCUCUCGCUCUCUCUUGCUCUCAUUGUCACUUCCAUUCAUCUAUCUUUAUUGUUUUUCCCAUUCUCUCUACAUUCCGUUUCCCUUAUACACACACAUAUUGUGAAAGUGAAACCCUCUACAACCCUGGACAACCCCUGGAUGCUAUAAUGGUAUGUGGCAGGUCCCUUUGGCCUUGAAGAGCAACUGACAAUGAAAUUCCUUCAGACUCUAGCUACUAUAAUCAUGCUGUUCUUCUUAGCACACGUCCACUAUUACAUUGUCAAUUGGAGACUAAGUGAAAAUGUACCUUAAGUGGAAGUUAGGAUUUGCACCUAAGAGGAUAUUAGAGACUGGCAGGUUCUUCCAGUGUAAAGUCAGAGCUUUAAUAUGAUUUAAUAGUGAAAAUUAAAAUCCCUUUAUUAACUUUAUUUGUAAUGAUCUGUAGUUUAUAAUUGUGUGUCCAAAUGUUUUGUCGAGCUUUGUGAUUUGUUUUUGUUGAUCUUUGUAGAAGUAUUUUUUUUCUGACGGUUAUGUUGUAUGUUGAUGUAUCCUGUCUAUGUGUUGGUCUUUGUGCAUGAAAGGGUGUGAUGAGUGUGUCUUUGUGAAGAUGUAUCCACCAUGUUCAUUACGUUGCAGUAUUACGGAGUUAUUUUGAAUGAUCAUAUCUCAUGAGAGAAUCAUUUUCCCGAUGCCCACAAUGUGCUACCAUUUGUUGCCAAAUAGGUUUUAUAAAAGAAACGUUUGCCAUUUUCCACUGGAACAAACAUAUUGAUAGUGACCCAAAAAUAUAACAUUUUAAAGAUAAAUGCUGGCAUCAAUAAAUAAACAUAAACAGGGUACUUUGUGUGUUUUUACCUGCAAAGCAAAUAUUAACCUUGGGUAUAAAACGACAGCAUGACUGUUGUGUGUUUGUGUAUGGGUGUGUGUGUGUGUGAUAUGAUUUUGGGGGGUUGGAUGGGAUGCAUUGUAUAAUAUUUAGAUAUUCUAUAUCAGAAGACAACUAUUUUCUGUAUUACUCUUGCGUUUUACCAAUCAACUAAUGCUUUUGUAAAACAAUAAAUAUUCUUCAAGGUAAUAUCACCUGUUUGAACUAUGUUUUAUAUUGUAUAAAUCAAUAAAUCACUUCCUACAAC